AUGAAUGCCCUCAGGCUUCAAAAGCGGUUCCCGCAGCUUGACCAGGGCGAUAUCUUCUCUCUCCAGGAUGCAUUCAAUCGGCUAGAUGUUGAUGACCGUGGCUACCUGGACGAGGCUGCUGUGAUCAAGGCCACCCAACAAUCGGAGCGCCAGCCGUAUGACGUGGUCCGCCAAGCGUUGAAGGAUGUCGAGCUCGAUAGCUCCCGACGCGUGGAGCUUGAAGAUUACAUUGAUCUGGUCUCAAAGCUUCGUUCGGCACCAGCACCCGGUGCUCGUGGUGCACCCAGUCCCGCGGCUGUGAUUCAAAGUGCUGGUGCUGGCGCUGGCGCCGGCCAAUCCCGACAUGUCUCGAAAGGCAGUCUUGGAGGCAAAAUCCAUGUCCAAGGCUCGUCUUCAAACGUCACGCAUACAAUCAACGAAGAUGAACGAACCGAAUUUACGAGACACAUCAAUGCUAUCCUAGCUGGCGAUCCUGACGUUGGCCAUCUCCUGCCCUUCCCCACCGAUACUUUCGAGAUGUUUGACAAGUGCAAGGAUGGCUUGGUUCUGGCAAAGUUAAUCAAUGACAGUGUUCCCGACACUAUUGAUGAGCGGGUCCUGAACAAGGCCGGGAGGAAGAUCAAGGAGCUGAACGCUUUCCACAUGACUGAGAAUAACAACAUCGUCAUCAACUCUGCCAAGGGCAUUGGCUGCUCGGUCGUGAACAUUGGAAGCGGGGAUAUCAUCGAAGUUCGCGAGCAUCUGAUUCUGGGCCUCAUCUGGCAGAUCAUUCGUCGGGGUCUUCUUGGAAAGAUCGAUAUCAAGCUUCACCCUGAACUUUACCGCCUUCUGGAGGAGGAUGAGACCCUGGAGCAAUUCUUGCGCUUGCCUCCGGAACAAAUUCUCCUUCGUUGGUUCAACUACCAUCUCAAGAACGCUAAAUGGGACCGAAGUACGGAGCCAAAUGUUGCUGAUGACUCUAAUUUUAGGGUGACGAAUUUCUCCACCGAUGUGAAGGAUGGUGAAAACUAUACUGUUCUCCUCAAUCAACUGGCUUCCGAUGUCUGCUCACGUGGCCCUCUCCAGACUCAAGACUUGCUUCAGCGCGCCGAGCAGGUUCUCACCAAUGCAGAAAAACUGGAUUGUCGCAAGUUCCUGACCCCAACUUCUUUGGUCGCUGGAAACCCUAAGCUCAACCUUGCUUUCGUGGCCAACUUGUUCAACACGCAUCCCGGACUUGACCCCAUCACCGAAGAGGAGAAGCUCGAAGUUGAAGACUUUGAUGCCGAAGGCGAACGUGAGGCUCGAGUUUUUACCCUCUGGCUGAACUCACUCGACGUACAGCCAGCGGUCAACUCGCUGUUUGAUGAUCUGCGGGAUGGGUCUGUCCUGCUUCAAGCUUAUGACAAGGUCAUCCCUGGAACUGUCAACUGGAGGCAUGUCAAUAAGCCUCCUGCAUCUGGUGGAGAGAUGAUGCGGUUCAAGGCGGUCGAGAAUACGAACUAUUCCAUCGAGCUCGGAAAGCACAAUGGCUUCUCUCUUGUUGGGGUGCAGGGUGCCGAUAUCACCGAUGGCCAGCGGACUUUGACCCUUGGCUUGGUGUGGCAAUUGAUGCGCAGGGAUAUCACCAACACACUCUCGGCGCUUGCACAGCGCCUGGGUAAACGCGAAAUGACGGAUGCAGAGAUGAUUCGAUGGGCGAAUGACAUGUCUCGCAGCGGCGACAAGUCUUCCACGAUACGCAGUUUCAAAGACCAGUCGAUCGGGUCCGGCCUCUUCCUCCUGGAUGUACUCAAUGGGAUGAAGAGCAGCUAUGUGGACUACGACCUGGUGACCGCCGGCCGGACCGAUGAAGAGUCCUAUGCCAAUGCCAAACUGAGUAUCAGUAUUGCCAGAAAGAUGGGAGCCACCAUCUGGCUGGUGCCAGAGGAUAUCUCUCAAGUGCGCUCUCGUCUGAUCACCACGUUCAUCGAAAAUGUAAAGGCUUUCGCCUUGCUGCGGUCUUCCACUCGGGGUCUCCCGAAGCUUGGCAGACAUUGA